UCGCCAUCACAGCAGCACUCGAGUCUCAGCACCAUGUCGGUUCGCUUUUCCUCCGCAUCCAGACGGCUGGGCUCCGUGAGGCUCUCCAGUGCCGGAGCAGGCUUCGGAGCUGGGAGUGCGUGCGGUGUGCCAGGCAUGGGAAGUGGCUUCUCCUGCGCCUUUGGGGGCAGCUCGUCAGCAGGAGGCUAUGGCGUGGGCAGUGCUUCUUGUGGGGCCUUCACUGCCAACGAGCACGGCCUCCUCUCCGGCAAUGAGAAGGUGACCAUGCAGAAUCUCAACGACCGCCUGGCCUCCUACCUGGAGAAUGUGCAAGCGCUGGAAGAGGCCAAUGCUGACCUGGAGCAGAAGAUCAAGGGCUGGUAUGAGAAAUUUGGGCCUGGCUCCUGCAGAGGUCUUGAUCACGAUUACAGUAGAUACUUCCCAAUCAUUGAUGACCUCCGGAACCAGAUAAUUUCUGCUACUGCAAGUAACGCCAACAUUGUCCUACAAAAUGAUAAUGCAAGACUGACGGCUGACGACUUCAGACUGAAGUACGAAAACGAGCUGGCGCUUCACCAGAGCGUGGAGGGAGACAUCAACGGCUUGCGAAGAGUCCUGGACGAGCUGACCCUGUGCAGAACUGACCUGGAGGUCCAGCUGGAAACUCUCACCGAAGAGCUGGCGUACCUCAAGAAGAACCACGAGGAGGAAAUGAAAGCUCUGCAGUGUGCGGCCGGAGGCAACGUGAACGUGGAGAUGAACGCCGCCCCCGGGGUGGACCUCACCGUCCUGCUCAACAACAUGCGAGCUGAGUACGAGGCCCUGGCUGAGCAGAACCGCAGGGACGCCGAGGCCUGGUUCCAAGAAAAGAGCGCUUCCCUGCAGCAGCAAAUCUCAGAUGAUGCUGGGGCCACCACCUCAGCGAGGAAUGAGCUUACUGAGAUGAAACGCACUCUGCAAACCCUCGAGAUUGAACUUCAAUCCCUCUUGGCCAUGAAACACUCUCUGGAGUGCUCACUGACGGAGACCGAGGGUAACUACUGCACGCAGCUAGCACAGAUCCAGGCUCAGAUUGGUGCCCUGGAGGAACAGCUGCACCAGGUCAGGACGGAGACCGAGGGGCAGAAGCUGGAGUAUGAGCAGCUCCUGAAUGUCAAGGCCCACCUGGAGAAGGAAAUUGAGACCUACUGCCUCCUCAUAGACGGGGAUGAGGGCUCUUGUGUUAAGUCAAAAGGCCAGGGGGGACCAGGAAAUCAGACAAAAGAUUCAUCUAAAACUGCCAUCGUUAAAACUGUUGUUGAAGAAUUAGAUCCUCGGGGCAAGGUUCUGUCCUCCAGAGUCCACACCCUGGAGGAGAAAGCCACCAAAAUCAACAAGAAUGAGCAGAGGGUGCCUUCAUGAACUCCAGCCCCACAAAGAAGGGCUGCCCCAUUAAAAUGCCAAGUCAGAAAGAUUUCCCUAAAUAGAGCCCUCUUAUCUUCUGCUUUUCUCCCAGUGAGUGAAGACAGCCCUUUUCAGAUGGCUGAUGUUUCUUUGGCUUUCUCUCUGGUGGUGUUUCAAUAAAACUUCUUCUUGUUGCAAGU